GUGUGUCUGUGCUGGUACAGUGCUUGGAAGUGGUCUAUAGGGGUGGCCCAGCAUAUUGGGUCUGCCGCGACUCUAGGAAGAUGCAGUGCGUCAUGGAUUCUUUUGGACUUGGAUGAUGUUUCUUCAGCUGGUUGUAGAUGUGAUAUAGCUAAUAGCUAUCGUGACAAAGGCGGACUGCGGCAUGAGGAAAUCUGAGUAAACAGGGGAAUUUGCCAAGGAAAUUAUCAUCAUCGAGUCACGUAAUUAAAACGAAACGUAAGACUCGAGAAAGAAGAGCAAAUAUUUGCAUUUUCCGGUGGCGGAGGAAAGGGAAAAACGCUGGCGGGGCUAAUAAUAAACUAGGGACGAAGGACUAAGUAAGGACUAAGCAAGGACUGCGGAGCGAGGAGUGUUGAGUGAGGAGUGAGGACCCAACUACCAACCGUUAACGUGGCCAUAACAGUUUGCCAGUUAGCGCUACAGUUACUGCUCCACUUACACCGACUGCUGAUAAUAAAACGCCACAGACCGACGGCGAAUCGAAGGAGAAGAAACACAGGAACACACUGAGCGAAAAGCGAGGGGCGUUGAUUUAUCAGAAGACUCGCUACAAGGACACCCAGCAACCAGCACCCAGCACCAGGCAUACCAAGGACUGCAGGAUGCGUGGCCGUCACUUACGUCGCCGAUUCAGCCUGCAGCCAUCGUUCAUGAAGGAUGACAAUGCCGAGGAUAAACCAAAGCGUGACAAAGUGGGCAGGAACAACGCGGUGGACGAUGCCAUCGGACCGGCCAACGCCCGCCACAAAAUCGUCGUCAUGGGCUCUGCGAAAGUGGGCAAGACCUCGAUAAUCACCCAGUUCCUGUACAACACCUUCAGCACCAAGUACAAGCGGACCAUCGAGGAGAUGCACCAAGGCAACUUCUCCAUCGCCGGCGUCAGUCUGACCCUCGACAUCCUGGACACCGCCGGAUCCUACGAGUUCCCGGCGAUGCGUGCUCUUUCCAUAUCCUCGGCGGACGCAUUCAUCCUGGUCUACGACGUCACCGAUGCCACAACCUUCGAGGAGGUGCGUGCGAUUCGCGACCAGAUCCACGAGACGAAGGCCACCUCCGCAGUUCCGAUUGUGGUCGUCGGCAAUAAGAUCGACCUGCUGGCCGAUGGCGAAACUGAGCGGGAGGUGGAGUACGCCACCACGGAAUCGGUGGUCACUGUGGACUGGGAGAAUGGCUUUGUAGAGGCCUCGGCCGCCAUCAAUGAGAACAUCACCCAGGUGUUCAAGGAGCUGCUGGCCCAGGCGAAGAUCACCUACAACUUGAGUCCGGCCCUGCGACGUCGUCGCCAGUCGUUGCCGCAGCAAAUUGGAAACAAUGGGCCGGGCACCCCGUUGCACCACCAUCACCACCACAGCCACCACCACCAGUCGCAGCAGCCGCACCACCACAGUUCCGGAGGCGGGUCCUCGGCCUCAACCUCGGCAGCGGCCGCAGCAGCAGCGGCGGCCUCCUCCAGUGGCGGUUCGCAUGCCCCGACACCUGCCCAGCUCCAGCACCUCCAGCGAAUCCAGGAACGGAGCUUGGGCGCCAAACGCAACUCGUGCAGCAUCUCCUAAAGGUGCGGACUCGAUUUGAAGGCGGCACCACGGCAGCUAAACCAAACUAAAGCUAAACUUAAAACGGUCUCCUACAAAACGGUUUUCAAUACUUCUCCGAAACGGGGCUUACUUCCACGUCAAGCUAUUACCUAGAGACAAGCAUCUGAGGUAAAUAAGAAGGGCAGGCACCUGUACUACUGGUCCUUGAUUACAUUUUCCACUUUUGACCUAACAAGCAAUGCUAACUAAUACCCGUAGUUUGAACUUAAACUAAUCGCCUUUGAAAGGCAUCUUGAAUAGUAUUAUUUUUACAGCAUACUUCUCGGCAUAUUUCAAUCUUUAGAAAUCUUAUUUAGAAUCGCUAGGAGAGGAAAGAAGGUCAACUAGCUAAUAGACCUGUAGUCUUCAGGGUAAUAAAACUAAGCCGCUGGAACGGAGGUUCCCUUCUAGGACUUACCAAACUUUUAAAUCUAUCCAAAACCAAAUCGAACCGCACUCGAGUGUACCUCUCUCUCUCUUGCUAUAGUCGCUCUAAUAACUUCGGUACCUAUAUAUCAGCCUCCGGUUUCUCAAACUCAGCUUUCAAUAUAUUUAUACAUAUAUAUAUAUAUAUACGGGGAGUGGAAGUAUUCCGAUAUUCCGAUAUUCCGAUAGAGAAAGUUGAAUCCUUAGACAGCAGCUCUAUGGCUUACUCAGAUAAAAUACACAAACUACUUAGUCCCAAGGUCGAGAGCAUUCUUUUAUAUGUGUCUCAGCGUUAAACUAUAGCUUGAUUGUCGUGUGCGUGUGUGUGUGUGUGUGUGUCUAGUUACAGUUUCUCCUUCUCCGACAGUACAGGAAUAUAUAUAGAUAUAUAAAUAUCGAUAUGUAUAUGAUUUAUCUGUGUAUAGAUUAACCUCGUAGCGAGCCCUGUACUGGAAGACAGCGAAGACGUACAUAUUUUUGUAGACAAUAGGUCGGUAGAACCAGGCGCCAGUGUUGAGAAGCGGAGAUAAGACAGCCGGAAAUGAAAACGAAAGCAAAUGCAUAGUUAAGAAGUAUCUCAGAUGGGCAAGGACUUGCUAAAGGCAGCUAGGACCACUGUCUGUAGAAUCUGUAGAACCGUGAUGAGUGUAAAAUUAGUUGGUAUUCCUUUUUUUUUUUUGAUCCCAUUUAACGGUUAGGUAGUAGUGUUGGUUAAUGCCAGAGAAGAGGGAAGAAGAUUGAAGGUUAAGAUUGAAAACGCAAUGAAAACACCAAAGACAAAAGCAAAUGCAAAUACAAAAUACGAGAAUACGAGUAUAGAUCGAUAGAAAUAUGGUACAUAUAUAUAUAUAUAGUAUAUAUUUGAAGAUGUUAUGUGGUAUGUGGAGGGAGGUGUAGUCGUUACUUUUGAGAUACAGAACGAAAAACGGGCCAAAGCUAUUAUAUGUUAUAGUAUAUCGGUAAUCGGAAAUCGGUAAUCGGUAAUCGGUAAUCACACGUAAUUUAUUUGUGGAACAAUAAUACUAUAUAUACCCGAAUUCGAACCCCCAAAAACCAAAAAACCAAAAAACCAAAAAAACCAAAAAACCAAAAACUAAAAAAAACCAAGACAGAGUGUUAUAUUUAUACCAGUAUAAUAGUUCUAUGUAUUGCUACAGGAAAUACUUCAAAAUACUUAUAUAUACAUAUAUUCGGUACAUAGCUAUGGGAUUACUAGACGAGAGUACCGCUCGAAGGCCAAGGCGUAUUAUUAUAACUUUAUACGGAUAUUGAUGUGUUGCAAUCGAAACGAAACGAAACGAAACGAAAACUUCUAAGAAUUUACCAUAUGUACUUGUUUAGCUCCAGCAAAUCGUACAAUAUCAACUAUAUAUAUAUAUAUCUGUGUGUGUGUGUGUGUGUGUUAUAUGUGUGUCACUGGUUGUUUCAAAAUACAAUAUAUAUAGUAUGUAUAAGCCCGAUCUGAGGCUGGCCCAGCUCCAAAGACUAGGUGUAUCUACAUUGUUGUUGUUGUUGUUGUUCUAGUGGGAUUCCCCCAGCAAGAGUUGGCCAAAGCACAGAGCAGGGUGCUAGAGUAAGUGAGUAGUAGAAAGUACCUAGAAAUACGGGUAUACGGAGUGUGAGCAUUACAGCAUUACAGCAUUACGUAACAUAUAAUUACAUAGCCAUUGAUUUAGUUAGGCAGCGCACUGUGGCCACCAGCCGAGUGGAGAAGGCUCUUGGCCUUUCGUCAUUACUAAUUACCAACGAAGUUCAAACUCACUUCGAGGACACAGUGCGUUAGUUAACAAAAGACAAAAGCAAGCAAAGCCACGUAGAAUUGAUUAAGGUGUUAGCGAUCCCAAUCUCGAUCCCGAUCUCGAUCCUGAUCCCUAGGUAUUUACGCCCACAACAAGUCGCUAAGUUACAUAUCUUUGGGGGUGUUUCUUGGAUUACAACAUUAGUUUACAUUACUUUAAAGUCAUCUCAAUGUUUUUGUGGGCAGAAAUACAGAGUCGUAAGUGGGAUGACCUCCUUAAACUUCCGGAGUAGCGUGUCCCAUUUAGUCAGUCAGUACUCUGGCAGCACUCUGGAAGCCCUCUUUGGACGCGAGUUUCUUUGGUUCCUAGGCCACAACCUCUGCAGCUGGAUAUCUAACAGAUAAAUAAAUAUAUAUAUAUACAUCAAUAUGAAUAUUUACAUACGGCAAUACAUAUAUGCAUAUACUAUAUACAUACAUAUACAUAAUGAAUAAUUAUAAAUGUAAUUAAUAAAAGCGAAAGACAAGAACCGGAAAUAAAUGCAAGG